AUGGGUUGUCACGCAUUCUUCUCAAGAAAUAUUGGGCCCGCUCUGGUUUCUUGGUUUUUACUUUUUGCAAUUUCUUCUCUUUAUCUCAUAUUCGUUUGCUGGGAAUUUAGCCAGACACAUGGUUAUGUCAUUAUUACCCUUCAGUCCGUCUUGCUUUUUAAUGUGAUCUCCAACUUUGCUCGUGCUACAUUUAUGGAUCCUGGGUACUUACCCCGGGGUGUACCUGGAGAAAAAGUGAUGGUUAAUGAUAAGUCAUCGCCUCCCAGGCCACUCAUGUAUAAAACUGUACAGAUAAAUGGCAUAUCAACUCGUCUGAAAUGGUGUGUCACCUGCGAAAUUUACCGGUUGCCUCGUUGCUCCCACUGCUCCAUCUGCAAACAUUGUAUAGACACUUUCGAUCAUCACUGUCCUUGGGUAAAUAACUGUAUCGGAAGGCGAAAUUACCGGUUUUUCUUCCUCUUUCUGCUUUCCCUCACCUUUCACAUGAUUAUGACUUUUACCAUCUCCCUUUUAUUCGUACUGGAACGACAGCAAAAUCUCAUGACAACUGAGGGAAUCAUAGCGAAUGUAAUUCUUAUUCUUGUAGGCCUUAUUUUUAUCCCAGUGAUGGGACUUACCGGAUUUCACAUAUACCUUGUUUUCAAUGGCUUGACGACAAAUGAACAGGUAACCUCAAAGUACGGCGAAAGUCGCAGUCCUUUUGACCAUGGGCUAUGUAGCAACUGCAACUACAUGUGCUGCAGACCUCUUGGACCACUACUCAUAAGGAAACCCGUAACUGGCGCGGCAAUGCAACUUAAUUUGCAAGAUAAAUAUCGGCAAAAGCAGCGACGGUCUAGAAAAGAAUUGCGCGUGAAUGCUGUUAACGGGAAAGUGGAUGUGGUCGCAGCGGACGUGCAACAACUUAACAAGAAUAACGCUCCUGCUUCUUAUCCCAUUGUUAAGAUGUCAGAGUUGUCCAGUCGUGUGGACAAUAAUUCCUCGUGCUCACCCAAGGACCUUCUUCUACGGUGCAAUAAUGAAGAUAACUCCCUAACGCAUACACCUAAUCUUUCUUUGACCAAUAAAAGAGACGAACCGAAAUUCCCCAACAUCCCCUACCAGGGAACUGGGGGUAUGUAUUCGGAGAAAUUGCCGACUGGGUUUUAUCGCCCUAGCGAGAACCCAAAUGAUGUCAACCUUGGCGAGUCCAGUGGGCGGAUAUUUUCUUGUAAGCACGUUGGGGAGAGUCAGUCAUCACAGACAAAUUAUCUCUUAAAUCGUCAUCAAGUUGAUUUCAACCCCUCAAUUCCAUACUCUUCACCGGGCAGUGUACCACUUGUGCCACCGCAUCUACCCAGCCGUUCCUCAUCCAUUCGCACCGGAACUCAAGAAGUCCCCAUAUCACGUCAACAGGUGUUAUUUGGUCCGAAAAAUCUUGUUACCUCUUCGUCUUCCCGACUUAAGACCUUUGAUGGCUCUCCAAGGUUGGACGCCCAGUCCUCCCGCCGUAGGCAAAUGCCUUCGUUUGUUGUUGGUGGUGGUUUUUCAAAGUAUCCAAUCAAACAGGCACGGACUCCCGUUCACUCUGCGACUGCUCGAGGCCCGCUGAAGGAUAAACGUCCGCAGCAUCAUGGGGUCCGUCAGCAACCAUACAGUUUGCCGCCCACAAACGAAGGCUUCCAUAUAUCGCCACAGACAAUUUCUGACUACCGCUUCGCUCAACAGCCUCUCCAAAAUUCUCAGACUAUCAUUUCCUCGGAGGAGGCGCCUGAUGGGACUUUUGAAAUCUCGGUCUGA